AUGGAAUAAUUAUUAUUCUAAGUUGGUGGAAAGGAUCCAUAAGAUAGAUAUUAUUCAUUUAAUGGUUAAUUCCAUAGACCAGUUUUAAGAUUAGGAUCAGGAUCAUUCUUUGAUACAUUAGAAGAAUAUAAUCCAUUUUGUUUAAGUUGCAAUCCUCAACCAUAAAAGGAUUGUUCAAGUAAAGGUUUGAUUAGAGCAGUCUCAGCCAAGGCUUCAUAAUUCAAUGGAAAUCCAGUUAAUUCUGGUGAUAGAUUCGGAACAACGGAAUAAUAUUCUGUUUAAGGAUGGUUUAAAUGGAAUGGUAAGACAUCUGAAAAAGAUUAAUUAUUAUUCAGAUUAACAUCUACUCUUGCUGGUGAAGAUGCACUUAAUUUUGAUACACUUAGUUGUUACUUUGAUACUAGAGAUUAAACACUUAAUUUCUAUACUUAUACAUAUACUGAUUAAUUAGGGUAAUUUAUAUAAUUAUAAUAUUAGAUCUGGAAAUCCUGAAGUUAGAUAGAUUGUUGAAGGUAAGACAUUUGUCAAAGAUUGGUUCCAUAUUUACUUCGCUUAUUCAAGAAAGAGUAGAUAAGCUGAUGUUAUUGUUGAACAUUCAUAAGGAAAGGGAGCUUUAUCAUUCAAGAAUGUAAAUCAUUAUGUUGCUCCAUCACUUAUUCUUUACUAUGGAAAAGAUUAAUUGACUGAUGCUUUCUAAGGAUUUAUUUAAGGAUUGAAUUUAUUCGCUUGUGAUAUUACUUAUUAACCAACUCCAAAACCAGUUGAAGAUUGUACACCAAUGAAAGAGUAUUAAAAUAAACUUAUUUUAAUAGUCCAAUUUGUUUAGCAGGUGAUUAAUAUGAAAACGUAUCAUUGACUAAUAUUGAUAAUGUUGUUUAAGAAUUAGAAAAAAGAAAGUAAUUAAUGUAAGACAAAUAAUUUGUUUUGCCAACAACUUAAUGCUUCUGUUUCCCAUAAUAAGGAAAGAAAGUUAUUCCUUAGAGAUAAGAAGGUUUCCUUGAAAUUUAUGAUGAUGACGAAGAACCAUAACAAUAAGAUUCUGUUGAAAUAUGAGUUUAUCAUUAAAAUCAUAAAAUUAUCAU